AUGCCCGGAAUGAAGAGAAUAUUAUUAGUUAUUCUGUCUUGCGCACUCUACGCAAACUUUUUACCGUUAACUGUCAUAUUGUGCUUCUUACUUGCACCAAUCCCUAAUAUCGUCGCAAAGAGAAUUGCCGGCUCUGAUGGGUUAUCUGGUGACUCGAGGGGGGUCUUGGAAGCUGGAUAUUUCGUAACUUCAUUCUUUAUUAUAUCGGGCUCCGCUCUGCCAAUCGUCCUAGCUCACGCUGAAAAGAUAAACCAGGCAGCCAUGAUACUAUCUUUUAUCGGCGGUUUAUUGGUCUACUCCACCAUUCUUGGAUACGUCGCAUUUUUUAUCGAACCGAUCGAGGAUACCUAUUUUUGA